GUCUUUUCUCGUCGGGAUUUCGAAACCUUGCACGUAUGUUCAACAUAUAAAUUUAAAAUUUGUGAUGAAAAGAUCGAUUAAUCGAAACUAAAUUGAGGGGAGUAAUAUGAUUUGAUGCGGUUCGAGGGAUUUGGAAUUUAUAAUGGAAUCUAGCAAGAACAACUUGCAGAGUUCGAGCUCUCUGACGAUAGGUGAGCGUCUUUGCGCGGUGGUCAUACCAUUUAUCUUCUUAAUCGAAGCUCUUAUUUUCACCGUGAGUGGUUGCUUCGACUGCCGCCGACCUCCCAGAAAGCAUCGUUUCAGAUUUCCUGACAUUGCUCAAGUCGCCAAGGAUACUCCUUUUUCGGUUAACGAAGUGGAAGCACUGCACGAGCUGUUCAAGAAACUGAGUAGCUCCAUCAUUGACGAUGGCUUCAUACACAAGGAAGAGCUCCAACUGGCAUUAUUCAGAACCCCAUCUGGUGAGAAUCUUUUUCUGGAUAGGAUUUUUGAUCUUUUCGAUGAAAAGAGAAAUGGUGUUAUUGAAUUCGAUGAAUUCGUCCAUGCACUCAGUGUCUUCCAUCCUAAUACUCCAUUGGAAGAAAAAAUUAAUUUUGCGUUCAGGCUGUAUGAUCUGAGACAAACAGGGUAUAUUGAACGGGAAGAAGUUAAGCAGAUGGUAAUUGCUAUCUUGUUGGAGUCUGAAAUGCAUCUGUCGGAUGAACUUAUAGAAGUAAUUAUUGACAAGGCAUGGGUUUGGACAGUUCACUUCAUUUUUCAGGGAGCAAAAAAAAAUCUUUGUUUUCUGCAUAAUCUUCUAGAGGAUCAUUCCUUACAUCUUCAUUCUUUGACCAGACUUUUACAGAUGCAGAUGCUGACAUGGAUGGCAAACUCAGCAAAGAAGAUUGGAAAGCUUUUGCUAUUCGACACCCCAACCUUUUGAAGAACAUGACUCUUCCUUAUCUGAAGGACAUAACCACAGCAUUUCCAAGUUUUGUUUUUAACACGGAGGUUGAGGACUGAGAAUUAGAAUUUGCAUGCUCAAGACUAUCAAGGAGUUUCUGGGAACUUGAGGUCCAUGUAUGACCGACCACUUGGGGCUACCAUUGAAGCUGAAUCUUUGCUUUGUAAAGGUUUUGUGAUGUCUGUUGAAGCCAUACUCAUCAUCUUUGCAGCUGGCGGUGGUAAUUGGUUCUGCAAAAUACAGGUGAAACCAAAAUUGUUGCGCACUCAAAUUCCUUAUCCUCGUGAUUGAAGGUCCUGCCAAGGAUAAAUUUCUGGCCAAUUUCAUACUCAUUGAUUCAAUCGAGCUGUGUGUUAUACAGAGAUUAGAAUUGCUGAUUAUGGAUUUCCUGCUUCUGUACAGUUUCUACAUGUUUCUUAUUUGUUCUCUUUCCUACUUCAAACCACCCUUCCUCCCAAGAAGUUGCCCUUUGUAUUUCUCUGGUCCUGUAGUCCGGUAUCAGCUCUCAAAUUUGAGAAGUUAUGUACAGGAGGUGACUGAAAAUGUAAUUGCACAGACA